UAUAGAAUCUUUUAAAAUGCAAGGGUGUCAUACUCGCAGUCGCACAGACAAGUAGAUAAUCGCUCGAGCCAUCGAGGGCCAGCCUGUGCUGUUGGAAGCGUGGAUGCGGCCGGGCUCAGCCGUUGAUCGUUGCGCGGUGGCCGUGAGUCGUGUGACUCGUGACCAACCAAACCGUUCAGCUCCCCCAUGACGUGUGCGUGACCUCACUCUCAGCCAGAGAUCCACAACCGGUGAACCGCCGCGAAUCCUCGGCCUCGCAUCCGCCGGUGGCCGCCGGGGGCGUGGAGCACCAACUUUUCACCUGCUGUGAGACCCCCACUCACCUCCACGGAAGCACACACCCGAAGAAGAAGAGAAGGCGAGAACCAUGGCGCCACCUGCCGUGUCCAUCUCGCCCAUCUGCUGCGUCCCAUACCCCGCCUCCGGCCCCCGUCGCGCUCGCACGCCCCCCUCCUCCCUCAGAAGGUUCCCCAGAUUCGCAGCCCGGAGGAGUAGCGGGGGCGGCGGGGGCACGCGCCCGGAGCCCAAACCAGAUGACAACGAGAGCAAAGCCGUCCUCGACGCCUUCUUCCUCGGGAAGGCCUUCGCAGAGGCGCUCACGGAGCGGGUCGAGUCGGUGGUGGGCGAGGUGUUCAGCGUCGUCGGGCAGUGGCAGGCCGAGCAGCAGAAGCAAGUGCAGGAUUUCCAGGAGGAAGUAGUUCAAAGAGCCCAAAAGGCUAAGGAGAAAGCUGCAACUGAAGUCAGUGAUGAUAAGGGGGCGAAGUCUCUAAGGGAACCUUCAGCAACAAUUGUGGCGACUACAACUACGUCAUCUCCCCCAGCUACUCCCACACAGACAGAAUAGUUGUAGACUUCUUGGUGGCAGUGAAGAGUUGUUGCUGCAAGUUGAUGCAGUUCUUUGUGCAGCCAAAAAGUCUGUAGUUGGCUUUCACAUGAUAUAUGUCGAUGGAUAGUAUAUCUGCUAGUGAAACAUCCAGCAUUUCUAGUGACAAACCCAGCAUCUCAAUUAUAAAAAAAAACUAAUUUACAUUUUUUUCAUAUGAAUGGAAGUACUUUUUGCAUCUAGUGCGUUCUGGUAUAUGUGUAAUAUAUGUUAUAUGCCAUUCUUAAGAAAUGCAGCUUCAAAAACCUUGGGUAAGAA